GUGGGCACAGGUGGGUGGCACUGGUGGGCACAGGUGGGUGCGCACAGGUGGGUGGCACUGCUGGGCACAUGUAGGUGGCACUUCUGGGCACAGGUGGGUGCACUGCUGGGCACAGGUGGGUGCACUGCUGGGCACGGGUGGGCGGAGCUAGUGGGCGCACUGCUGGGCGGAACUUGCGGGUGUCACUGCUGGGCACCGAUCAUCAGGGCACUGAUCAUCAGUGCCCUGAUGAUCGGUGCCGAUCCCCGCUCUGACAACUGCCGGUUCUCGGCAGUACUUUCCUCACGAUCUGACAGCGUGAGGAAAGUGCAGCCGAGAACCGGCACUUGC